CACUGAUGAUCAGUGUGCCCUGAUGAUCUGUGAAGCCCCAGCAGUGCCACCUGUCAGUGUCCAUCAGUGCCAGCUCUCAGUGCUCAUCCAUGCCACCUGUCAGUGCCCAUCAGUGCCACAUAUCAGUGCCCAUCUGAGCUGCCUUUCAGUGCCACCCAUCAGUGCCAUGCCCAUCAGUGCCACCUAUCAGUGCCGACUAUCAGUGCCAUAUAUUAGUGCUGCCUUUCAGUGCCCAUCAGUGAUGUCUGUCAAUGCCCAUCAGUGCCACUUACCAGUGCCUCCUCAUCAGUGCCCUUCAGUGCCACCUAUCAAUGUCCAUCAGUGUAGCCUAUCAGUGCCCAUCACUGCAGCCUCAUUAGCGCACAUCAGUGAAGGAGAAAAAUCACUUAUUUACAAAAUUUUAUAA